AUGGCUUCUGAAUACCGCAGCUUCCGACACAGCCUGCCCUGGCUCAUCCUCUCUCUGCAAGUGGUUCUCAUCAUCCUGUUUUACUUUACUUUCCCAGGUCAGCGUGUGUCCAUUUCAAGCGUCACCUACCCAGUUUUUCAAGAUGUCCACCACAUGGUGAUUUUUGGAUUUGGCUUUUUCCUGAUGUUUCUGAGAAGAUAUGGGUUUAGCAGUGCUGGAUUCAACCUCCUGAUGGUUGUGCUUGGUGUCCAGUUGUCCGUGCUGAUAGAAGGUUUAUUGGCUUUCAUUCUUAACGAGGAGCAUGAUAUGGAGCUGAGAAGUAUAACAAAAGGUGUUUUGAGCAUGACUGCUGUGGUCAUCUCCACUGGAGCUGUUCUUGGGAAGAUGAAUCCUGUGCAGUUGACUCUGAUGACAGUUGCAGAGAUAAUGCUUUUCCAUGUGAACAGAUGGAUAAACCAGAGAUUCCUGCUGCUUCCAGAGAAUGUCAACAUGAUGCAUGUUCACCUGUUUGGAGCCUACUUUGGGCUGGCAGUGUCCUCACGUUUCCCUGUGCCCUCUCCAAGGUCUGACAAGAAUGCAAGUACCCCAAAGUCAGUCUUACUGUCCAUGUUGGGUACUCUCUUUCUCUGGGUCUUCUGGCCCAGCUUCAAUUCUGUGCUAGCUGAGCUAGACAAGAGCAGAGCCAUCUGCAACACCUACUUUGCCCUUGCUGUGAGUGCUGUCACUGCCUUCGUGUUGUCUGUUCUGACCACAAAGGAUGGAAAAUUCAAAAUGGCCCAUAUCCAGAGUGCAGUGCUGGCUGGAGGGGUUGCUGUUGGUUACACAGCCCACAGUAUCGAGCAUCCUUGGAUUGCAAUGAUUUUGGGUCUGCUUGCCAGUGUGAUAACCAUAUUAGGAUCUCACUGUUUACAGGGAUGCCUGUAUCCUGUUCUCAAAAUUCAUGAUACCUCUGGAGUUCAUUCCACUUUUGGCUUGCCUGGUGUGCUUGGAGCCCUUGCCCAGGUCAUUCUCUUAGUAAUACAAAACUGGACUACUCCACCAAGUCUGCCUGAGUUGGUCUUGGAGUAUGUUGGUGCCUUCUGCCUGACCAUCAAUGUUGCCUUGCUAACAGGUUUGAUUACAGGUUUCAUCUUAAACCUCAAACUGUUUAAGACCAUCCCUGUAACAAAGUACUUUGAAGACCAGUUUUAUUGGGAGUUUCCCCAUUUGGCUGUUGGAUUUUGA